AUGCUUGGAUACUUCAUCCAAUUUUCGACGCCGCCGUCCGCCGAUUGCGCCGACGGAAGAAAAAACGUGCACGUGCACCACGUGCAACCAAGACCACGCCAACACGACUUCGAGCUUCUGAAGGAGAAAAAUGUUAAAUCAACUUAUGAGAAAUUUGACACAAUUCAGAUGCAAUUAGAGUGCCUGUCCGAGGACACCAGUUCUCAACUCCUCGAACGUGAAAAGUUCGAGGAGCUUUACUUUGAGAGCCUAGCCAAGGCCAAGGGCCUGGUUAUGGCCUUUAGAAACGACAAUGAUGAACCUGAAGCCAAACCAUCUCAUAGUAGUGAAUAUGCUAAACAAGAAGAUGCUGGACCUGAAGUACAUCAGUUCACACCAUUAAUCAAAAUAAAUUGUUCUCCAGACCUCAAAUUCUUCUUGUGUUCAGUGUAUGCACCUGUUUGCACAAUUUUGGAUACUCCUAUACUGCCAUGCCGUCAUUUAUGUGAAUCCGCGAAACACAAUUGCGACCAACUGAUGAUAGACUACGGCUUCCCAUGGCCAGAGAAUCUGGAAUGUUCAAGGUUCCCGGUUGCUACAGAUGAAAAUGUCAUAUGUGUUGGUGAUAAUAAUGUUACACAUAAAUCAAAGAAACCUACAGAAACCAAGCUACCUAAAGUAGAUUUCAAAUCGAAUAUUGAAAGGGAUCCUACUAAACUGCAUAGUGCAAAAGAUUAUGGAUUUGUUUGUCCUGUACAUUUUAAAGUACCCAAGAGUUUGGAUUUGGAAUAUUCUCUGAAGGUUGGAGAUAAGAUUGAACAUGAUUGUGGUGCACCAUGUAAUGGCAUGUUUUUCAGUCAGGAUGAAAAAAACUUUUCAAGAUUGUGGAUUGGCCUUUAGAAACGACAAUGAUGAACCUGAAGCCAAACCAUCUCAUAGUAGUGAAUGUAUUGACUCCAUUAAAUUUCCAGAAAUUGCAUUACCCAGUUUUAGCGGUGACUUUAGGGAAUGGCUUGAAUUUAGGGAGACAUUUGAUGCCUUAAUAAAUCAGAGUUCAUUAAAAUCAAUACAAAAGUUUAAAUAUCUUCGCAGUUGUCUGAAGGACGGAGCUCUCGAGGUUGUCAAUUCGAUAGAAUACACAUCUGAUGGUUACCAAAUGGCGUGGAGGCUGUUGUGUGAACGCUACAACAACCCUCGCUUACUAGUUUCAAAUCACCUUCGAUCUCUCUUUGAAAUUCCAUCCAUUUCAUCUGAAAAUGCCAAGUCACUUAGAGCAUUAAUUGAUAAUAUAAACAAACAUCUGCGAUCACUUCACACACUUAACAUUCCCAUUGAUGAUUGGGACUUAAUUAUCAUUUAUUUUAUGUCGAACAAAUUACCUUCCUCGCUGCAACGAUCAUGGGAGGAAAACCAAAGCUCAAAUUAAUGUACUACCUUCGUUGCAGGACUUCAAAAACUUUAUACGGAGGCGAGCUGACAUUCUCGACAACUUGAAUGUCACUAAACCUGGGGGCCCGGAGGCACGGAAAAGUUUGGUAACCACAUCCUCAAAGCCAAUUGUAAAUCCUUCGUGUCUGCAGUGUA